GCGCAAGUAGACUUGCCUGCCGCGGACAGCAGCAGCGACACGUUGGCGCGUGCGUUUUUCCUGUGUGGUCGUCUCCUCACUCGCUCAACCACGUAUGAAAACACCAUGCAGUCGACGCCGAUGGCCAAGAGCUGGACGAACCGCUUGGGGCUACCACUGCGCACGACGCCCGCGUGACACGACAGCUGGAAAUCCAUUGCCACCGCGUCGCAGGCCCGUGUCACAGAAACCAAACGCGUCACGGGGAAAUACACGCUGACCAUGGCCGCAACCACCCACAGGAGGAGGCUGUCGUACGUGCGUCAUCGUGUACGCCCCCGUGAAGGCGAUCGCAACCUCGCCAGUAACAGUAUGUACCAUUCAAACUGAUUGGUCGCAAAGACCGUGACGAGGCCGAGCUGGCGCAGUUCAGUGACGCCGUGCUGAGCAUGCCGAUGGCCACCAUCGACCGAAGAAACAGCAGCGGCCGAGGCUAGCGACGAUGUACACAGUCGCCAUUCCCGCCACACACGCGAGGAGGGUCGUGAUAUACACGACGCACCCGCGAAAGUUGAGCGCGGCGUUGGCAGGGAUCUUGAGGGCGCUGGUGAAAGUCGACGUGCUCAGAAGCACGAGGCGCCCGAGGUCCCCUUCAAACGACACCACCUCCCGCCGACAAGUCUCCAGUCGUAGGCGAACCCCCACAAAAAGAACGAAAACGAGUUGUCAAAGAACAGCAGGCGCGUGAGCACGUCCCCCGUCGAACACUGGGACUGAAGGAGCCAGACGUUACCCAUGUCGGCGGCAGCCGCAGUACGCCCAGCCAUGACCCAUUCGGCGGCGAUAACGUCCGCGGGCAGGAACGAGGCCGCGAACGUCCGCGACGCCUACAGGACGGACAGGCACACGGCCGGCGUCUUGUACUCGUUUUCACACAUAGCUGAUGCGUUCGUGCUGUUUGAAGAAAUGAUGGCCGUAACGAGGUUGGACAGCCGGUUGGACAGCCGCGUGGGGUUGAUCGUGUGGGCGAGGCUGCCGCAACCGCGAUUUCCCCACAGCGAGACGAUGGAGAUCGUGCCUGCGAUCGCCUGGCCGUCGGACACAGCAAGUUACCCGAGAUGCGACUCAGGCCAAUCCAAGGCGACUGGCGCGUUUGCCAAGACGACAUGAACACGGGAUGCUCGUCGUUGUCGGCCAGCCGCUCCACGAUUGCUUCCGUCAUACGGGCCAUAACAACCUUGAGCGAGUCUGGGCAAGGGACGUACCGAGCGUCGAUAUAUCCGAAUGGCCCCAGUAGCCGCCUCAACAUGACAGUCACGCGGUGAAAUGGCUGCGUCAAGAGCAGGUUUGCGGUCAUCUACUGCUCCAGCGAUACGUCGGCAUAGGCAAAGUUGUCUCUCGAGGCGACAAGACUGAGGCCGGUGGCCGCCGACACGUUGGUCGUGACCAGGGCUAGGUCAUUGGCGAGCCCCCACCCAGCACAGUUUGUAUGUGGUUUGCGACGACAAAUUGAAACAGCCCUUGGCUGGACUGGAUCGUCAUGGGAAACGACAUGCCAAAUGCAUUUUGAAUUGCUAACGCCUUGACGAGGCCGACGCGCUUGUAGUUUUGCGCGUGGGUCGUGUAGUGUUGGAGGUCGUACGCGAAAAAGUCGGAGAGCACAAUGUUCGGCAGCGCCGUUUCCAAGUACACGGCGCCGUUGGAUGCGUAUCGUGCGCUGCGUCGCAGUUGCCGGGAGGAGGUGUUGGCCAUGGGAAACGUCCGAUUCAAGUCGAGCCAGCAGUAUUGAUUGGCUAGCCACGGUAACAUGCAUCGUCCAUGCGACGGAGGCCGUCGAUGGCAAGGGGGAUCGAGUUGAGAAGGCUGAAUUGGAUCGCUUUCACGUGGAGGGUGCUGGUGGACACGGGGGACGAGGUCGAGUUGUACAGCAUCAAGUCGCCAUACUUGUGAAGGGUAAUGUCGUCGGGGUUGUUAAUGGUAUUGUUUGGUCCAAACACCAACAUUCGCUUGGUAAACCAGUGGCCCAAGAAAGCUUGCGUGCCGGACUAGUUGAACGUGGCCCACCAAAAGUCUUUGACCAUGUUGACGCGUGUAGCGUCGAUGAACACGACACUGCUGGCCAGCGACGUCAUCGUACAUCAGGCACCCGAGCGCGAGGAGACUGUCCCGCCGCAGAAAGCGCCUGGACAAAAUCCUCCUCUAUUUUCUUCUCCUUCUAGCACCACUAUCGACUUGACCACCGUCGGGGCAUGCGACAGCUUGAGCUGCUGACUCAACCGCCGACCGCGCUGAAUGUCGUGGCUGCGCAACGUCCAUGACUUGACGUCAAACGCGUACGUGACGUGGAAGAGCCGCAGGCCGAGGAUCCCGCUCAUCACGCUGUCGAAAUCGACAGGUGUCGAUGUAUUUGAGACAAAGUCCAAGUACGCCUCGGACGCCCCGGCAAUCAUCAGUGACAUGGGGGGCGGAUGCCGCCGCCACUUGAACACGACGACCCCCAUGUACACCGCCGCGGCAUGGCCAACUCCCCGGUCACAUGUUGCACCACCUGGCGCGCUUAGCCGAUUUCCACGGAUCCACUGGUGCACGCCACCUGUUUGGCCUACUCCAGAGUCGCAGAGGCCUGCAACGGGGCGAUCUCGUUGGCCAGGAAUAGCACCGCCCUGCACAAUGCCGAGCUCAAUGGCGCGGCGUAGUACGCGUGGUUGCUCGCAAACGCGAAGAGGAAAUUCUGGACAACGUACGCGAUCCACGUGGCUUCCCCCGUCACGACGAGAUGCGUGGCCAUCGAUCGCGGCUGCCACGCAAAGAAGACGAGGCCGUUUGCGUUGGCGACCGACAGGUUGGACGUACUGAGGUAGAUCACGCUGGUCAUGCCCCGCACAAGCAGUAGCGUGCGUCCGAUCCAGACAAACCCCGCCACGCGGUUGAACCGAAACAGGUUCCGGCCGAGCAUUUGGAACCGAACGGACGCGUCGUACACGAGCAGCAUGGCCGCUACGACCGCAAAGCUGUACGUUAUGUACAGCGAAAUCGCGCGGAGGUAGAUCCCCCUAUCGAUGGAGGAGAGAACGCCUGGAUGGGCACUGCCCUUGAAAUGAGAGUGAGUGACCGCCCCGUGUCGCCUUCAAAGAGCACGACUUCGUGCCGCUGACUCACCCAGUCGUGUAGCAUCACCCAUCCAAAGAACGACCACGCCACGUCGGACGAUAGGACCACGGGUUGCUGCACGGAAAAGUACAUUCUCGACGACGCAUUCACCCCAUAUUGAGCCAAACGCACCGCCCGCAUAACUUCGCGGAGGGCGGUUUCGUUGGACGAGUUGAGCGCCACAACGCCGACGACCAAGUCAGUGGUGGCC